AUGAAGUCCUUUCUCACUUUGUCUACCGUUGUCGCCGCUACUGUCGCCGCCAACGGCUUGGAGAAUCGGUGGUUUCCAGGUUGGAAUUCCUCUACCUCCUAUCCCGAGACCGAGACAUUGACCACUUACACCACCGUCACCACGUGCCCUCUUACAAUCAGUUCCGGAAGCGCCUAUCACACAACCCUAACUACCUCCACCAUUGUAGUCACCAGUUGCAAGGGCGGCUGCUAUAGAACUGCCACCCCACCACCACCAAAGAAGACAGCCACGAUCGGGACUGCUCCGCCACCACGACCACCACCACCAAAGAAGACAACCUCGAUCGGGACUGUUCCCCUACCUCCACCAUCGGUUACACCCCCUCCACUGAAGCCAUCCAAUGGAACCACUGUGGUGGUCCCCUCCGUCUCUCUACCUCGCGAGACUCCAAUCUACUCAAAUACCACCAUUUUUAAAACCAAGACCGAGACGAUUCCUACGUCACCCAGUGCCGUGACCAUCAGCUAUACCACGAGCACCAUUUUUAUCACCACUACGACGUGCCCAGUCACGUCGACCAUCAUUACGACUGGUUCCACAACGGAGACUGUCCUCGUUACUGAAACGAAGACUACCGUCAUAACGAGCAUCACGAGGGUCCCGGUGACCAAGACUAAAACCACAGGGACCACAAGCCUUACAACGAGAUACAUAACGAGUACCACUUGCCCAGUGACAUCCACCGUCGUGACGUCUAAAUCGUCAAUCACCACUGUGCCAAUGACCCUCACGAAAACCACAGUACUCACCAGCAUUAUGACACUUCCGAAACAAGUGACUAAUACCACGGAGAUUGUUGUCAAGACGAAACCCAUCGUCACCAAAUCAACCGAGUCGACCAGCUUCACAACGAGCACAGUGUACAUAACUACCACGACUUGUCCGGUGACUUCAACCGUCAUCACGAAAGAAUCUACAACCUCGACAGUGCCUGUCACCCUUACAAAGACCACCGUACUAACUAGCCUUACUACGAUCCCCGUCCCCAUUACGCCUGUCGUCACCAAGUCAGUCGAGACGGUCGUUUCCACCACGAAACUGAUAACCUACACGACCACCUCUUGCCCAGUAACCAGCACUGUUGUCACAAUCAGCGAGACGCCUAAAACCGUACCAAUCACGCAGACCUUCACCAUCACGACCAGUUCGAUAUCUACAUUUCCAAUAACCACAACUUCACCCAUUCUCGUAACCACACCUGGAAAGGAGACUGAAACCGAGGUUCAGACCCCAGCUCCGACUCCAAUUAUGAUCGAAACCACCAUCUCCGAGACCCCAACUACGGUACUCAGUACUCCACCCCCGGAAAAGGAGACUGAAACCGAGGUUCAGACCCCAGCUCCGACUCCAAUUAUGAUCGAAACCACCAUCUUCGAGACCCCAACUACGAUACUCAGUACUCCACCCCCGGAAAAGGAGACUGAAACCGAGAUUAAGACGCCAGCUUCUCCAACGCCUGUAGUCAUGACCACACCGGAGAAGGAGACGGAAACAGGAACGAUCACCCCGGAGGUUGAGGCGACCUCCAAGACACCAGAAUUUGAGAGUACGCCGGAAGUUACGCCCGCCAGUACCACAGUACCAAGCGCUCCGCUUAUCACUGAAGCAACUGAGGGUCAACCCGAAUACCCCGUACAAACAUCUACCCCAACUUCCACGUCACCGCUCGCUUUCAAGGGUGCAGCGCCCACCAACAAGCCUGCAGUGGCCGCUUUGGCUGGCUUGGUUGCGUUCAUGGCGCUGGUCUAA